AUGGAGGAGAAUGAGCUGUAUAAUGCUACAGUUCCAUCUUUUUCUGGAAUUGAACCAGCCUUCUGGAAUUAUUCCGAUCAUGUCAUCCUUGAUGACCUUAAGAUGGAUAGUAGUUUUAUAUAUUUACUUUGCUCAUUAGUAUCUGCCACUUCUUGGAUUAUUUAUAUAGCUUAUUAUAAUAGCAGAGUCAUUGGUUACAUAUUGACAAAAUUAUUAAAUCGAUUUGUUAUUAGAGAUGGGUAUGUUAAAGUAGGCUCUUUUACUCUAAGUGCACUAAGUGGAAAAAUAAUGUUUAGAGAUAUAGUUUAUAUCACAACAGAUUAUAGUCUCAGAGUUCAGGAUGGAUGGCUUAUAUUCAGAUGGUGGAGGAGUUAUGUUCCCAAAGAUGUAUCCGAAGAUCUUUCACAUUCCGAUACACGACUCUCAGUCAUGUUAAAUGGCUUUGAAUUACAUGUUUAUAAUCGCUGUCAGCUAUAUGCACAACUAGAAAAAGCAUUUGGCCUUACACCCCAAAUGUUUUCCAAUGAAGAAGAUCAUACUGUUAAUAUCGAUGAUCGUGAUGCAGAGUCAUUUAGUAAUACUGCUCAUGAAACUCGCCAGCAAAUAAAUGCAAUGGAUGUUUCGCGACAUGUUGAUAAUAUUAGAAAAAAAGAAGCUCAUGUUAUAGCUCGAACUUGGAGAGAUUUAAUACCUGUUAUUAAAUUAGAUGUCUGCACGGGAAGACUGGUAUUUGGUAAUCGAUUAGUUCCAACAACUUUGUCAAUAACUGUAGAAGAAGCACAUUUUGUAUAUUCUACGAAACCAGCAGCAUCCCGACAUGAUCAUUUCAUGCAUUUUACGAAAUGUAAAGCAGAAAAUUUCAAAGUCAUUCUAGCUCCUAGUCCAAAGUAUACUGGUAUGGUGGAUGAUCCACCUAGAUAUAUGGGAGAAGGAUUUGUUGUAUUAAGCUCAAACCAUAUGGAAGUUUAUUAUUACAUGGAUGAACCUGGAUUUGUCCCUGAACACCCAGAAAUGAUUCAAUUAGUAAAUGGGGAUAUGGUAGAGGCUAUGCCACCAAUUUGGGGUAUUGAUAUUAAAUGUGGAAAGGGUACUGAUUUUAGUUAUGGACCUUGGGCGGAUAGACACAGAGAACACUUAUACAAAUUUUUUUUUCCUAACGAUUAUCAGUCAUUAAAAGUUACAAAAACCCCUGUGACUGGAGAGAAAAGACAAGUUCAGUCAUUUGAUAUUCGAUUAUCAACAUUAAAUGAAGCUACGAUUGAUAUAUUAUUUAGCAAAAAUAGAGAAACAAAUGCUGUUCACAUUAAUGUAGGACCUGGAUCAUAUCUGGAAAUUACUAUGCCGUGGAUUGUUUUACAAGACGGGUAUACUACGAAAAUAACAGGUCAACUACUGCAUUUAGAAGCAACUACGAGUUUACAAUAUCGAAGUUUAUUUGAAAGUGAAACGUUAGAAUUUGGUGUUAGGUGUCAUUAUCCAAUAAGAUGGAACGAUCACCAAGAAUGGACGUUAAACUUAACUGGAUGCAAAGCCACUGCUAAUUUAGUUUAUUCGCACAAAGAAUUUUUUCAAGACAUGAUUAAUGAUUGGGCCAGUAAAGCCAGACCUGAUAUUUUACAUUUUGUACCUUAUACGUGGAAGGUUAAUUUGUUACUAAAAGAAUUUGAAUUGAUCACGUUAUGUAAUGAAUAUAAUUGGAUUGAUUGUUCAUCACAAAAUCAAGAAAAUGCGCACAUUGCUUUUUGUGGGGAAUUCUUCGAGCUGUCAUUCGAUCUCCCAUUCGUGGACUAUCUGCCUAUUACGAUACCUUUACGUUUUUGGAUUCAAGGUGAAAGUGUUGACCUCUCGUUUUAUUUACCUGAAGUCAACACGAGUCGUACAAUUUUGUUAGCUUUGCAUAAGAAUGCAAAAAUUAUGACACGUGAUGGAUCACACAUAUAUCUAUCGGAAUUAAGUAAAAAUAAAAAAUGGAGAAACGUUUGUCAGAAGGGUGCGGGCUGGGUUGAUUGCUGGUCGGUACCGAUUGUGGCAUUAAGUAUAAAUUAUACAUAUCAUCCAUGUCCACCUCUAGGACCCACCCCACAAGCAAAUAUUACGACUCCAGAAAAAGAAGAAAUUCUUUUAUCUCCGAUGAGGAUUCCUCGAUGUAGAAAAUCACCUGGUCUUCAGUGGACAACAAAUGGUAGCCAGAAAUUUGAUCCACAAUCUAUAGCUCCAGACAAAGUUAGCUUAGAUCUUGAAAUAGGUCCAUCUAUAUUGGUUUUAUAUGGGUCAUUGUUGAAAAAUUUUAUACAUUUAAAAGAAAACUUAUUUGGUGAUUAUCAAACAUUUACUGAUAUGCAACAAAGCAGAACAAAUCCUACAACUAUGACUGCAGAAAGAAGUAAAGACAGAGAUGUACAAAACAGUAGUAUUGAAUCUGUAGAUGAUAAAGAUGCAAAAUCAAAAUCAUUUGAUCCCAGAGAUUAUAGGCCAUUGGAAGUAACUGUCGGAAUUACCAUGCACGAUAUUCAGGCUCAUUUAGUAAAAAAUUGUGGUGAAAACGAUCCUCCUUGUCCAGUUAUACUUCUUGAACGAUUUGGAUUCGAAAUGAAAAAAGGAUAUAAAGAAACAGAACUUCAGUUGCUUCUCUCGCCGGCUAUUGCACUGGUUACUGAUAAUGUCGUUCGAUCGAGCAAGGAACGUCAUUUAAAUCAAGGACAUUUAAUGUUAAGCGCAUUGCAAGUUAGGGGACACGCAAUGUUUAGUAACGAAGGAAGAAGUUUAGAUCAAGAAACUUUGGAAUAUGCAUGGUUAAUUGAAGUGCAGUUAGGUAAAUUAACUGGAAAAAUGAGCUCUCCUCAAUUGCAUCAUCUUAUCACAUCUCUGGAAACGUUCUUGUUAAUGGUAAAAAAUACAGAAAAUAUUUUACGUCCUCCUGAUCUACCACAUCAUUGCCAUCAUGGUAUUCCUCCUUUACAAUGUUCUGAUAGUGACAUUGAUAAACAUUACAGAUGUCCUAGUUCUGAGGAUAUAAAAUACAGAAUGACAAGAAUAGCAAUAGAUGCUGUUGAUUUGCAUUUUCAAGAGGUAGGAACUGCCGUACAUGUUUGGAUAUCACCGAUUCGCGUUUCAACUUGUAAUCUUCAUGGUCAUCAAGUCAAAUCUGGUAUAACCAGUGUAUUACCUAGAAUAUUAAUACGACAAUUUGUAUCGGCAGCUGAUCACUUUGCAAAUACAAGUAAUACCAAUACAACUGGUAGUGGAAGAUCACACAACAAUGCAAGCAGUCGUAUGUCAGGCGAUGGAUCUGACAUCUGGUUGGAAGUUGGAUCGGUAGCUUUAGGCCCGGUCAUUUUAGAAGCUGCAAUUUCACUCCCAACCCCUGAACACAAUUUACAUUUGGUACAAAAUAAAUAUUUAAAAUUACACGAUGAUGCCACAAAACGAUUAUGGUUCCUAUGGCCCCAAGAAAUCGGCGCGAAGUCAGCAAAAUGUGGUUGUACAGGUGGAUGUGCAUUUUUUGGAAAUAACAGAAACGGGCCGAGAUUUUUCAAACCAAAUUAUCAUGAUUUUCAAGAUGGUAUCAACGUUGCUGCGUAUAGAAUUAAUGAAUCUGGAAAGGAAAAAGGUUUCGGGCAGUCCAUUUUGCAUGAUGGUCAAUUGGUUUUUCAUACAUCGCCUUAUAACUUACAAGAUGUGUCUUUACAAGAUUACCCAGUUGUAGGAGUAAAAGUAACUGCCACGCAGGAUGGACCGCACACUUCGAAAAAGGGUGUAGAACGUCCAAGGUCUGUGACAGAUCAUAAUAAAGAUUCCGGUAUCGAAGAAAAUAGUAGUACAAAAUUAAUUACUGCAUCAGCAAAUCCAUUCGUAUGCAGUGGGGAACGGAAACUGCUGGGCAGAAGAUUUUCUUAUACAUCAAUGCGGUAA